UAGCAACUCGCGGAGGAAUCGAUUGAUUCUGGUCAACGCCUCCCGAAAAGUUUUGAAAACGGUGGAAUUCACCCCGUUGAACCAGAAGCAAAUUUGGUUUGAUUUGAAAGUGAAAAUUAUUGAAUACAGGACUAUUGUUUGAGUGAAGAAAAAUGGAGUUGUCACACCCCGAGACUUGCGGUCAGCUAGAUCCUGGAAAAUCAUCUGAAAGAAACGUUCAACUAGCACAGAACGAGACAUCUGUGUCCACAGAAAAACAUGACAGUGGCGCACCUCCUCUUGAAAUCGUGGAUGUCGAGAGAAAUUCCACCCCGAACAAGAAUGACACUGGUAACACUUCCAUCCAAAUUCCUAGAAGACACUCCGCUCGGAAGAGGUUGUCUAUAGAAUAUCGAAAAUUGGCACAAGAGUCAUUGUUGAAGCCUAAAUAUGCAUUAUCGACUCARGAAAUAAAUGACGCGAGUUCCGUAAUGAUCGAUGAUGAUAAAUCAAGGUCUAGUCAAUUAAGAGCACACUCCUUUAACAUGGAGGAUGACGUGUUGCGAAAGUUCUGCCUCAAUCCAAAAUUCACUCUCAGAAAGCAAAUGAUGAACUCGUUUGGAAGUUUGAGUGUCUGCACUAUCAUCGUGGUUGUAGYUAUAUGCGUAGCGAUGGCGCAAUGGAUCGACGUUCACACAAAGUCUUUGCUAAAGUACGACUACAUCGAGAAGUUGGCGGACACAAUCKACGAUAAACAGAAAUAUCUUGCAGAUGUAUUCRGUGAGGAAUUCUUUUUAUUCGAUACAGCUAAACUCGUUCAUGAUGUCGUCCAGGACAGAUUUGAUGGUUACCCAAACCUUAGCGAUGAUGGUGUACCUUUUCUCGAUAUGAAAUCAAAGACAAAUAUAUACCCAAUCGCCGCUGACCCGAUGCCAUUUUUGUGGAAUCUUCAACCAAAUGUCAACGAAGAUAAUCACGGGGAGUUUCUUCAAAGGCGAUGGGAGUACUUCAAAGACAAAYCUGUUGACACUACCAAGGCGGGUUUCUACAUUCCGCUCUCGUGUAACCCCUACGCACCUAUUGUGAACGGAUCUGURACUGUAACAAAUUGUACAGAAUCCGAUUUUGACGUGCAAAGAGGAGGAGGCACUAUUAAUAACAAGACCGAGAUGUAUCUUCGAAAAGGAAGUGAUUUGGUGCCAAUAUUGAGAGGUUUGUUCGAAAUUAGGGAGGAAAUUCUUGAGAUUUACAUYCAUUUCCCCAAUGACGGAACGGGAGCUGGUGUCCUUUACCCUCAGUAUUUUCCUGUUUUCGGYAAUUAUACUUCAGAAGGCUGCGACUGGUUACUUCARGCAAAUCCAUACAACGCCUCUAAGACAAUCGGCACUGAAAGUAUGGUCGAGAAUUGUCGAAAGAAGGGAGCUAUUGUACMMUAUCACUCAUACAAUGCGUUGGAACGAGGAUGGUGCCAAGAGCAGGCACUGAAUCCAGGUAAGAUGUUCAUAGAUUACAGAUCGGGUAGGCUUCGUCCAGAUAAUGAUGAGGUGAUUCAAAUCGGCACUUCUAUUUAUGACAGAACCUCCAAGGAAUUCCUUGCGUGCAUGUAUAUUGGGAUUGAUGUAAAUCAAAUACAGCGUUUGCUGGAACUAUCUGAGACUCAAUAUGAGGAUAUCGCUCUGCUGAUCGAGUAUGGUCAAAAAGGAAACAUCGUYGCGUCAUCCUUCGAGAAUUUCACCCUCGGAGCAACGAAAACUUCAAUUUAUGAUGAGCCUGGGUUUGAAAUGAYGGAGGAGAAAUAUACAGAAUUAUACAAUAUUGUUGAUUUCGACUCUGUUUGGGACCCAGAUGAGGUUUCAAAAGCAUACAAAAAAUUUUCUAUGACUGAGGGAACGGGAAAGAAAUAUAUUAUGUCUAUUGCACCGUUGCCGAGCAUUCCAAGUGAAUAUGACAAAUCCUAUCGGCCAAAAUUCUUUUUCGUUGCAUACUUCUACAAGGAGAAGUUUCAAGAUGAAGUUGUCAACAUACGUGAGGUGAUCGACCAAAAUAUAAUAAAUGGCAUUUUGUGUGCCAUAGUGAUGGGUGCAUGUGGUAUUGUGAUUGCUGUCAUAAUUAUUUUCUUCAUGGCAUAUAUACUGACAACCCCUCUUACAAACAUGAACGACAUGGCGAGUGACAUUGUAGACAGUGUCGGUGAUCCGAAGAAAGAGGAYGAAAUCAAGAAUAGUAAAAGUAAYGAGUUAGUGAUUUCAAGAUGCACUCCAAAGACCGAGCUUGCUGACGUGGUAUGCGAAUUUAACAAGAUGGUUGAGUCUUUCAGUGGGGCUUCUGAAGCUAAGUCCGAGAAGGAAAGAGACGAGGACAUGUUGAAUAUCUUCCCUGCUAGAAAUGAUUUGUUUGAGCUUUACAAAAGCCGGAGUGAUAAAACKUUCAAGUAUAACAUUACGGGAGAACGCGUUCGGAGCCGCAGCGACAAUUUCCAUAUCUCUUACAUGCACCUUGGAGGAAAUUAUAAUGAGUCACCUCCGGUGGAAGAAAAACUUGAUACAAAUGAAGAAACCGAGGUCUUGCGUGCAGAAUCUAGAAAAUCGUCCAGAUUGUUUCUUUGGAUUCUUCUUCUCAUUGUUGCCCCUAUAAUACUUAUUCCAAUUGCCAUUUCAGUUGGUGUCAUCACCACUAUACGGAUAAGUUAUGAAGGUAUCGAUGACGCGAUACUAGAUUUGACCAUUGAUGUGGCCRAAAAGCAGACAGAAGCCGUAACUAGGCUUCGCUCGGAAUAUGUAUCAAAGCUUACAGAAAGGUCUACGAGGGACCUAUCUCUCCUUUCUAGAUACUCAAGCUGGUUACUCUUCGGCGGUUUGAAGCAGUCGAAUUCGUUUACUCAGGUUGAUUCAGUUGUUGAAGAUUGCAAAGAGUUUGGUGGAAAUUUUUCUCAAUGCAAAAGUGACGGGAAGAUAGAUUUUGUAUGUGAUUGCAAAUGGCAGGAGAGAGGCUACGAAAAAAUGUGUACUAAUUACACAGAAUCUAUCCGUGGGAGACAAAUGAAUUACUGGAGUGCUCAGCUGAGCAAAAAUGAAAAUGGCGAUCUUUUUACGUCGAACUUUCCUGACUCAUCAAUCUCUCCACAAACAACAAAUUGGUGGGACAAUGCAAUGGAGUUGCCAGGAUAUCAAAAUGAAUCUUCAACUUCAGGGUAUAGCACAUCUUAUAAAAGAUUGAAAGUCCUUUCAGCUGUUCCAAUUUUCCAGGUUUUAAAAAACUAUAGAUCCGGCAAAAGCCCACAGGCGACACUCCACACUUCGGUGUCAUUCGAAGCUGAUGGCAUGAUSAUUGGUAAUAGYGGGUGUGGAUCUGCGAUUGGAAAUGCUGCCUAUUCGAAUUGGACGUCGACUACUGAAAACAAUGGGGCCGAUCUCAGACCCAAGCUGUGCCCAGUUGGAAAGUAUGGCUACGACCCACGGUAAGUACAGAUGAUGGCAUUUCAUGCUUARCCAUUCCAUAUUGUCACUUAUAUCAGCAUUUUUCACUCCGUUUAUUUUCAGGUGCCGAGAAUGGUAUAAUGCGGGGAGAAAUCAAGCUUUGUUGAACCAAAGUAAUGUGUUGCAUAUCACGACACCAUAUUAUUUUGGAAUCAACAAUGAAAAUCAAAUUUACGGGCAAAGUGCGACUUAUGCAAUCUUGGACCCUCGCAAUGGUGAACAUGUAGGACAAACAUUGAUUGAUUUUGCCAACGAUUUUGUCAGUACAAUGUUGUCGAAMCAAACAGUGACUUUAGGGAAAGGGCAACCGAUCCUGAUAACAGUAAAUGAUGAGUAUGGAGAUACUAUUCUUGGUCCGGGUGAACCACUAGGCCUAGCAUCCAAGCCCAUCGCAGAAAGUGUGAUGCCGUUUGACGUUCAGUGUAUCGACGAAAAACAAUGCGAGAGAAGGCUCAGUGUAUUUAAUGACAUUGUCAACAAAAUGAAAUCGGGUGAAGAAGGYAGUCGAGAUUUCUUUCGAAAGACAGAAAAUGGGGAUAAUGAAAGAAUGAUUUUACAUUACGCACCUGUGAACAUCCCAUUUGUGUACCCAGUCAACAGCUCAGAUUACGCAACAGGGGUUGAGAAGAAGAAUUUUCAACUGUAUUCGCUUGGCUUCCUUGUGCGAGAAGAUGAUCUGAGACAUGAAACUGAUGACGUUGCAAAGAAGCUUGACAAGCACAUCAACGUUGGGACCGCUAUCAUCACCAUUGUAAUUAUCAUUGCAGCAGCAACAAGCAUUUACAUGUCUCAUAGGCUCGCUAUAUCAUUCUCGGCAACGAUGCGCCAUCUCCUUGGUCUGCUUUGCUAUAUCAACACGUAAGACUGAUACAAUACAAAAUUCCGAAGCGUUUGGCUCGUACACCGCAAUUCUGAAACUCAUAUCGCGACGACUCAUAAACUUAUUCCUUUUUAUUCUUUAGCCAUGACGACAAAGAAAGCCCUCUUCCUCCCCAAGGUAUAAGGCCAACUUUUGAGACUGUUGUACUUUCGAGGACGCUCGUGACGCUACAUCGUAUCAUUAAGUUGGCAAAUACUGCCUUCUUUGCUGGAGAUCUUGGUUCUGCAUAUCGAGURUUGAUUGAUGCACUAAGGCUCUUUCGUAGACUCGAUAAUACGAAAGCCGUGGGGGUCGCGUCAAAUAAUCUUGGGAAUACACUCUUAAGUAUUUAUCGAGAAAUGAAGAUGCUUCAGGUAAAUGAAUUAUACAACUUGACGGUAAAUGAUGUAAUAAGCCAAGGUAUUGCUUACUUCCACACUGCCAUCACACUUGGAGAGAAAACCUACGAUAACUUUUACGACCUCCAAGGCUGGACUCCAAGCUGUCUAAACUUUAUGCAGCAUUUAGCCAAUAGAUAUUUUAACCGCGGAAUGUUCUUGUUGCUCACAAAGGAUGAUCACSAUGACCCUAGUGAAAUUGAACGACUGGGAAUGCGGGACCUUCAAAUCGCUGACGAUAUGGACCAAGAAGUUGUUGCCUAUGGAGAAGAUAUUGGUUGGGGGGCUAGCGAGAGAAUCGCAAGUCGCUUCAACGUCAAUAUUACUCGAAUACAGGGCUACAACGUCCUUUGUCAAGAAGGAUAUCAUCACGAAGAACACGAUUGGGGAAUAGAAGAAUUGAUACAGGAUACGAUUAGUAUACUAAGGGUCGAGUACAAGAAAAUCAAUUCCAACUUGUUCUCCGAUAUGACCCGCUUCGGAAGGCUUCAAAUGCUUGAAGUGCAACUAAUACAGUAUAGGCUUCUGCAGGAAGAUUUUGAAACGGCAGCAAAAAUUGCGGUGCGUAUGAUAAUAGAGGACGAGUACGUCUUCGUUAACGCAAUGAAGCAAGCAGUGAAGGCCYUCAUGAAGUACACUGAAAGUCAUMUAGUAGAUGCAGACUUUAGAGAGAAGAUGAUGCCGGUUUUCAAAGAAUACUUGGAAGACGUCGGUCGAAUUGGAGCUGAAAACAGAAAAGAGUUGAUUCUUGGUUACUCGGAAACAAAUCCAUUGAUUUCAACGCACGAUCUAACCAUGAGCUCGCACCGAUGGAAUUUUCCCAACAGUCCCACAUCUGUUGGUCAGUCAGACGUUCAAGACGAAUUGGACAUUUUUGUCACGAUGGAAGAUUUUUGAGUUUGUGGUGACAGUAUCGUUUUCACGUCUUUAAAAAAUACGAUCAUAAUCUGACGCAAAAAGAACGCUUUGAAAAAAAUAAGAUCAUCGUCUUACACAAAAAGAACGCUGCUCAUUUCAUUCUCUUCUGUUUGCCGUAUGAGGUUUCUGUUUUGUUGUUCUGUCACAAACARAUGUAUCUUUCCUAUCUUAUUCUUCUAAACCCAGUGAGGUAUUCAACCGGCAAUGUGUUCGAACGAGAAAAGCUUCCGCAGCACCUGCGUUGAAAUGUACAGAGUGGUAUGAAGAGAAACAACUGUCUCUUUUUGCWACACAAAACAACGCAAUCAAUCAUGGUUAUUAGAGAACAAUAAAUGGAGCUGCACUGA